UAAAAAGCCCGCGUCACGUGGCCCUGAUGUCAGUCCACAGCGGUGCGAAAACAAGUCCUUAAGACGAACAAACUUUAAACAGCCGCGUACGUCGGAACACGACGCCUCACAAGUCUUUAUUUUGCUUUUUUUUUUGCUCACAAAGAAGAGCCGUAUCGCCCUUGUGUCCUCAAGAUAGACUGGGACUGCUCUUAUUGUGCUGCUAAAGUUAGCUUGAAGCUAGCGUACACGGUUGGUUGUUUACGCCACUUCCUUGUUGACAAACAUGGCUCACAUCGGCGGCGUCCUGGGAUUCGCCCUACAUCUUAUUUUAGUCCUGCAACAAAGCUUGGCUACCGUCGCCCCGCCGACCACUGAUGCUCCUCACAAGAACCUCGGCAGACCCGAAAGGGGACACUACCAAGUGACCGGAACCAAUGACACCGUGUGCUUGCUGGCCUACAUGGGCCUCCAGUUUAACAUCAGCUUUACCUCUGCCUCCUUGAACAAGACGGUGCAAGAAGUCGUCAACCUUCAGCCCAACUUGACAAAGACUUCCGGGUCUUGUGGCGCACACCGUGCCUCCCUGCGGCUGUCGCUGGACGCAGAGAAAACCAACCUGACCUUUUUCUUCACUUUGAACACUACAUCCAAUAAGUACCAUCUGAGUGAAAUUUCCCUGAAUGCCACCUUGCCGGACAUGAAAGAGCCCUUCUCAGUCCGUAAUGCCACCCUGGACUACCUUCGAGGCACCCAGGGUUUCUCCUACAUGUGCCGUGAGGAGCAAACCCUCGCUGUGGUCCCACAAUUGUCCAUCAACACCUUCCAGUUGCAGGUGCAGCCCUUCAACGUCACCAAGAACCAGUUUGGCGCAGCCGAGGAAUGCAAGCUGGACAAGGAGGACAUGUUGAUCGCCAUCGUGGUCGGAGCCGCUCUGGCCGGCCUGGUGCUCAUCGUGCUGGUGGCCUAUCUCAUCGGCAGGAGGAGGAGCCACGCCGGCUAUCAGACCAUCUAAGGUGGCGUCCCCUUACAUGUCCUCUCGUCUUCCUCCUCUGACAUUGAUUACUGUUACACAAUAACACUCCUCAUCCUCCCUGCUCCUCUUUGUGUGCUUCCCACUCCCAAAUUCCAUCCUUAAAAUUGAUCUGGGGGGGUAGACGUUUUUUCUUCAUAACAAAAAAAAUGUAGAAUGAUGGUGAUGAAAGUGCUUUUUGUUACAGAGCAAAGCAAAGGACAAAUCUUCAUUGUUGUUCUGCUAUUUAUGAUCUGUAAUGGGAAUUGUGGAAUUUAAGGGAUUUUUUGUUUUGCUUUGCUGGUUUUAAUUUAAGGGAAAGAAUGUGUUCAUUGCACUUAAUUUAGUUACGCAAAUAUGUUAGCGGUUUGUUUUGUUUUUUUUGUCCGUCCUGCCGCUCAUGAUUGUCUCAGGAACACCCGGUGGAAAUGUUGUUACAAUGCGCAAACAUGCACUGAUGAGGGGGCUCAUUUUUAAAAGUUUUAAUGAGUCACUUCACAAAAACACUAGUCACCACUGCAAUGGUUACGAUAAAGCGCCGCAGCAUACUUUGUCAGAUCUGAUAUAGCAUCACAACACACUACGUCGGUUCCAGUAAAGUGGCACAGCUUAACGACGGUGGCUCCAAUAAGAUGCCAGGGCUUAGUAUGCCAGUUCUAAAAAGGCGGCACAAGGUACUACGCUGGUUUUGAUAAUCCUCAACAUGUGAUGUUGGUGCUGAUUAAACUCCACAACUAGGUAUGCGGAAUACUUUGUUGGUUCUUAUAAAGCAGCACAACUCACCUGUCUCUUAUAAAGCAGCACAACUCACCUGUCUCCAGAAAAUCGGAACAACUUUUGACACUGGUUCUGAUAAGAAGCCACAGCUUGGUACACCAGUUCUGAUAAGGCGCCACAAGGUACUACGCUGGUUUUGACCAGGCUAAACUCCACAACUUGUUACGCCGUUUCCGAUAAUAAAUGUGCUUAGUUCUGAAGGCAUUACAACUCACCUACUGUAUACAGUCCCAAAAUAGCGGAAGAACUUUGGACGCUAGUGCUGAUAAAAUGCCGCAGCUCAUUACACCAGUUUUGAUCAGGCGUCAGAACUCACUUCACCCGUUACGAUAAAGCGCCACAACUAGUUACGCCAGUUCCAAUAAACAUACUCUGUUGGUUCUGAUAAAGCAUCACAACUCACCUGUUGUUUCAAAUAAAGCAGAACAACUUUGUAGGCUUGUUCUGAUAAAAUACCACAGCUUGGAACGGCAGUUUUAAUCACCGAUAAAACACAUUGGUUGCACAAUAAAACUUCACAAGUUACUUUGUCUGUUCUGUUGAAGCGUACUGUUUCUGAUAAAGCGGUCAAACUUACUGCAGUUUUCCGACAAACCUACUCCACAAGUGAAAAUCAGCCCACAUGUUCAACAACCACGAUAAUGUUAGCCUAGCUUUGCACAAAGCAUGUUGUUGCUGCCUCACGUUGUGAAAAUGUGUUUUUUUGUUACCACUUGAUGAUGCUUUCCCUUCAAAACAACCCUUGAAGUGGCUAAAAAUGCUACGGUCAGUGUUUUUCUGUUUUAUCAGUGCCUUUUCCUGCCUGCUGCAACAAACAUGAUAUAGGCGUACCGGCUCGGUACAUUUAUGGAAGGUGUUGUGUGUCCGGAGCCUGAUGUAUUAAACACGCGUUUUUAACGUUGAGAAAGUGCAGUUUUCAUAUAACCUCCCUUCUCAUCUAAAUAAUUGUUUGGGGACUUUAUUUUGUGUGCUUUUAUUGUAUUAUGAGAUGUUUUUUAAAUGACGAUGAAUAAAGAGUUUCAAAAGUUAAA